UGUCUAAAAGAGGCGCCAGUAAGAGGAGGGCAUCCUCUAAAAUAACUGUAAAAGAAGAGGCUUUGAAGUGCAGACAUGCCCCUCUUUCUCCCAUACAUCAAGAGCCUCUUUCACCAUCUAUCAUGGCUGCCACUCCCUCCUUUCCCUCUCUCUCAUCAGAAUAUGAAGAGCAAAUAAUGGCCUUCAUGGACCAAAUUGAUUGUGGCAUAGUUUGCAGCACCCCAUUAACUUCUACUGGUCAUCGCACUUCUCAUCGUAGCACAUCAAGAAAGAGAUAUUCACUCACAAACACUUCCAUUCCAUUAUUAGACUUACCUACCACUCCUGACGCCGUUGAAGGCGUGGUGACCACACCCAUCACAUCUUCGUCUAUAAAUAACUCUAUCAGUGUUUUGCUAACACCGCAUGAUAAUAAUGACAAACUCCUACUGAGUAACUGGGGUCUUCCUCAAAAGAUACUAGAUUGCUAUAAAUCUAAGGGCAUAUCAGUAAUGUUUGAUUGGCAAGUUGACGUCCUUACCCUACCCGGAGUAUUGACUGGUCGUAACGUACUCUACUCUGCUCCUACUAGCUCUGGGAAGACACUAGUGGCCGAGCUAUUGAGUCUAAAGUGCAUUCUAGAGAGACAGAAAAAGGUUUUGGUGGUACUUCCGUUUGUUAGUAUCGUCCACGAGAAGGUUAACCACUUGAAGAGCAUGUUUGAGUCUGUUGGGAUCAAAGUGGGCGGGUUCAUGGGGAGCCACGCCCCUCAAGGAGGCCUAGCUAGCAUUGAUAUUGCCGUGUGUACUAUAGAGAAGGCAAACAGUUUAGUGAACCGACUGCUGGAGGAGAGAAGAGAUGAGAAAGAGAACAAUGGAGGUAUUAGCCAAUUGGGUGUGGUCGUUGUAGACGAGUUACAUAUGGUCGGCGAUCGUUAUAGAGGUUACCUGUUGGAACUAUUACUCACAAAACUGCUCCACAUCACAAAGAAAUCAGACAAAAAUCAUCAGCCGAUUGAACAAGGGAAUUCCAGCAUAAACCACCAAGUCUCCAUACAACUGAUUGGAAUGAGUGCUUCUUUGCCAAACCUCAAUACGUUAGCUCAAUGGCUGGACUCUGCCCACUAUACCACACACUAUAGACCAGUCCCCCUCAAAGAGAUGGUUAAAGUCGGCAAUGAGUUGUAUGAUAGCACACUUUCUAGUGUUCUCUCUACCUUCCCUCGUGAGUCUAAGACUGGCAAUGAGGAUGAAGAGGAUUUGGUGCACAUCUGUAAAGAGAGAUUACACAAUGGACACUCCAUACUUAUAUUCUGUCCAACAAAGGACUGGUGUGAGAAACUCUCUCUUAAUCUUGCUAGACGUCACUUGACUGGAAAUCAAGUGGAUUCUUUUCUCAACAAAGCAGGCUUGAUCAGCAUUUGUGAGCAGUUGUAUCACACACCGGUUGGCCUGGAUCCUAUCUUGGGGAAGACGCUUCCAGCAGGCAUUGCUUUUCAUCAUGCUGGCCUGACACUCGAUGAGAGAGAGAUCAUAGAAGGAGGCUAUCGUAGUACUCUGAUUAAGAUACUAGUCUGUACCUCGACCCUUUCCUCUGGCGUCAAUCUACCGGCAAGACUUGUCAUCAUACGGACGCCAAUCUUUCACCAAUCACUCAUUGAUGUCCAGUCUUAUAGACAAAUGAUUGGACGUGCUGGACGGAAAGGGAUAGAUGAAGAGGGCGAAAGUAUAUUGUUUUGCAAGUCAUCCGAUCGAGCAAAAGUUCAGUUGCUUCUUUCAUCAACCUCUAGACCAGUGACAAGUUGCUUGUAUCUCUCCCCCUCCUCCUCCUCUUCUCUUCACUCUGCUAAUGAGAGGGAUCCAUUGAAUAGAGCAGUGUUGGAAGUAGUGGCUAAUGGUAUGACACUGGGUUAUUCUGAGAUAUUGUUGUAUCUCUCUUGCACACUGCUGUGUGUGGAGUUGGUUGAUGAAGAGAAGAGAAAUAAAGAAGAUAUUACUGAUGAGAUUAGAUUGAUUCUUGACGAGUCCUUAAAGUAUCUGCUUGAGAAUGAGUUCAUUAGUAAAACCUGUUCCAAUAAGGAGACUCCUGGCUCAGAGAGAUACACAGCUACACAGCUUGGAAUGGCUACCAUUGCUUCAUCUCUCUCUCCUCGUGAAGCACUGGUUGUCUUUAAAGAGUUUAGCAAAGCACGACGUUUGCUUGUAUUAGAAAAUGAACUACACAUGAUCUACCUAGUGACUCCAGUGAGCAUCGUUAAUCAAUGGCCUUCAAUCGAUUGGUACAAGUUUUACUGUAUAUGGGAGCGGCUGGCAACAGACAUGAAACACGUUGCUAGUAUAAUUGGAGUACAAGAAGGAUAUAUAGUCAGAGCUCUCCAAGGAAAACCUGCCGAGAGAACUCAAGCUCAAAGAGAAAAACUUCUCGUACAUCAAAGGUUUUUCACUUGUCUGGUGCUUCAUGAUCUCGUGAAGGAGAGUGGGCUUGGGCCUGUUUCUUCUAAGUAUGGAGCAUCUAAAGGUUUUCUGCAAAGUCUCCAGUCAGCAGCUGGCACAUUCGCUGGAAUGGUAACAGUAUUCUGUAAUCGGUUGGGCUGGAGGAAUAUGGAGAUGCUGUUGGGACAGUUUCAGAGUCGGCUCGUAUUUGGAAUAGAAAAAGAACUUGUUGAUCUAGUAAGAAUAUCAAUACUGAAUGGAGCCAGAGCUAGAAUACUCUACAAUAAUGGAUACACUUCUUUAUCUCUUCUAGCCAGAACUGAUCCCACUGCUAUUGAGUCUGUCCUCUGUAAAGCAUUUCCUUUUAAGAGCAAAGAGACAACUGGAGCUCACUGGUGCCCUAGAGAAAGGAGGAACAUGUCUGACCUUGAGGCUGCUCAGUUGAUAGUACACGAGGCAAGGGAACUAUUGAGUGAUCAACUGAAUGUACCAGCAGGAGCUGUGAGUUGGGAUCAGGAGGAGAAAGAGGUUGAGGAGGAGAAGGGAAAACAAACCGGAGGGAAUGAGGUGAUGGUCACACCUUGUAUAUUAUCUACAAGGAAUGCAAGGAAAGAACUCAAUAAUAGAAAAACUGAUGUAAUGAUAUCAAAAAGACUUAAAUUAGAAAAUGAGGACCAAUGCUCGCAUGAGCUGGUUUUGAAUACUAAUCAAUCAAUCAUUGUUAAACCAGUUACUCCAGUUCUUAAUACAGGUCAGGGCAGUUCCAUGGACCUGUUUAUGGAUUACGAAUCAUCUCCUACUACCCAAUACCACUGUUUCUCUAAUAAUGAUACAGUUGAUCCUGACUUUCUACAGCUCUCAUCCAAUUACACUCAUACUUGCUCUGGUAUAGGUAUCACUGAUCUCAGUGGGUCUCCUCAUCUUUUGGAUUUAUUUCUCAAAGAGACGUUACAAAAGAAUUGUCUAGCAUUCUCUGUUGCUGUAGCUAAAGGUCAGAAAGGAGUUGGUUCCAAUUUCAUUAAGAAAACUACAGCUCAAAAAGGAUUGAGCAUAGGGAAUGAGGAGAUAUUGGGAGUUGCAUUUAGCUGGAGUCAGUCAAAGGAGUCUAGCAUCAUUUAUUAUUUAUCAUUAUGUGAGUCUAAUGAUAGUGCUACUAACCAUGUUGAUCCUACCAAUGGCAGCUUCUCACUUUCUGUCCCUCUCUCAUCACGGCUUCAAGCUCUAUCUACUAUAAUCUCAGCUAAUGGUAAUCACAAGCUUGUUGCUAUUGAUAUUAAAAAACAAAUACAGUAUUUAAUGUCACUGUGUGAUGUUCCUGUCACCAGGCUGUUGUGUGAUCCCAGUGGUGCUCUCUGGAUAAUGGAUCCUGAUUCCAAUGAGAAGACUCUUAGCCAGUUAGUGGCAGCUGCUGAUAAUAACGACAACCAUUCUCAGAUUUUAUCCCUUGCUCUUGACUCUCCGCAUUCAUUUUUAAAAUCUGCUGCAGAGUCAAUGUUAGCCUUUGAUUUAAUGGCGUCAAUAGAGGGGCCCCUGGUGAGCAGCGAACUAGCCCAUCCUUUCUUUACUAUUGAGAGCCCAAUACUUAGUGUAUUAGCUAAACUGGAAUUGAAUGGUAUUGGCUUCUCUGAAGAGAGGUGUGUGGGGCUAAAGCAAGAGCUGGAAACUCUUCUGAAAUUGCUAGAAAAUAAAGCGUUUGAGAUAGCUGGACGUUCUUUCACUCUGUCGUCAGCUGAAGAUGUUGAGAGAGUUUUGUUUAAUGAGCUCAAACUAGAGAGUAAUCCUAAGACAGCCUUAAAUAAAGACUCACUAGAGAAAAUGUCUUCAAUGCAUCCAUUGCCUGGACUGAUACUAGAAUGGAGACGCUUGUCCAGCACUUUAAGCAGGACAGUGUGCCCAUUAUUAAAGAGCAGUAAUAGAAGACAAUAUUAUAAAAAGCAACUCUCUUCUCGGAUAUAUUCACAUUCUAAUACCCACACAGCAACUGGUCGGGUUAUAAUAUCUGAUCCUGGUCUACAAAUGAUACCUAAGGAUUUUACCAUUAAAUCGGUAGCACUCCCUUCCUCUUCUCACCCUCUAUCCUCUACUCUAGUGUCUGUCAGAGAUGUGUUCACUACUUUUCCUAAUGGAGCCUUUCUCUCUGCUGACUAUUCUCAAUUGGAGUUAAGGAUACUAGCACAUUUGUCCAAUGAUCAUAAACUGUGCAGUAUUUUUAAUGAAGGAGGAGAUGCUUUUUGUAAGAUUGCUGGUGAAUGGUUUGGUCUUGAGGAAGACAAUAUCAGUGACAAGCAGAGGCAGCACACAAAACAAAUGUGCUAUGGAAUUAUAUAUGGCAUGAGUACAAAAUCGCUAGCAGAACAACUUGAUGUCACUGAAGAUGAAGCAGAGAAGUUUAUGGAUAGUUUCAAGUCCAAAUACACUGGAAUGAGCUCAUUUAUCACUACUACUGUACAAGAAUGUAGGGAAAAGGGAUACAUCAAGACUCUCUUUGGACGCAAGAGAUUCCUACCACUCAUAAAUUCAGAGACGUUGAGUGAGCGCUAUCAUGCUGAACGUCAAGCAGUCAAUUCAAUGAUCCAAGGAACUGCAUCUGAUCUAGUAAAGAAAGCAAUGAUCAGCAUUGAUCAUAGGCUACACAAAUCUGAUUUUAUCACAUACUGUACUUCGACUACUAGUACUAAUAGUAAUAUGGCAUUGUUGGUGCUUCAAUUGCAUGAUGAGUUAAUGUAUGAAGUACAUGAGAAUGUACUAGAGGAGGUCGCUAGACUAGUACAAGAAGAGAUGGAGGCUGUUGCCUUUGGAGUAUUGAGUGUACAAUUACCAGUUAGGCUUAAAGUAGGGAAAUCAUGGGGUCAUAUGGAACCUCAUAUAUUUAAAUAUGGUAAUAGAGAGGAUUAGAUUUUUAUCACACUAGAUUUUUAUCUUGCAUACCGUACUUUUUAAUUAUUAAUACUAUUAUUUAUUUUAUGUAGAAUUUUUUAAAGAUUACAUAAGAAAUUGUUACUUCUA